GUUCUAAAUAUAUUUUUAUAUAACUAUACAAAUAAUGAUGCCUGCCGUGUCAUUUCUUUUUUUCUUUUCUAUUUGAAUUUAUUGUCCCAAAAAAGAAUUGCUCUACGAAAUAACUGUGGUCAAUUUAUUUUAGAAUUCUUUGAUUGCACUGUCACGGAACAGAAGUUCCUUCAUAAUAUAAGUUCCAAAUGGAAACAAUAUUCUGGAAUAUUAUUUCCACUGGAAUAAAUAUUACAGUAAAUAUUCCUAACGGAAUAAAUGGUAUAGAAUAUUUGUCCCAACAGGAACAGAUAUUAUGACAUUGUUUAUAACAAAGUUUCAGGUGGAACUUCUGUUAGGCGGAACAAAUAUACAUUGACACACUACCUAGUACUCAUUCCGUUAUUAUGAUCCAAAUUCAAAGGCUUUGUCUUUCGGCCUCUUUUAUUUAUCUAUAAUAAUGAUUAAAAAAAAAACGGUAAAAUAACUAAAAAACUCUCUGUGCAUGACACUUCGAAUAUUCACCUGCUUAAAAAAAUCGCGUUUAUAAUAUAAAUUCCACUUCCGCUAAUCGAAAUUGAACUCAAAAACUUAGCACAUUUCGUAAUCACGACAAUUGUGUUAAAAGAGGUAAUAACUCUGAAGCUCAGUAGAUUGUUCAACAAAAACACACUUGUAUAGAUCCACAAAUAUUUCCGUGUAAUGAAAACCAAAAAUGGACUUCUGUGAUUUACCUAUUCCAUUUGAAUAAAACAUCAAGACAAAUUUAAAAAUUUAGAUUUGUCAGUGAAUGUCUUUUAAUUUUACACCCUUAUUUAGUUCUACAUUAAUUAGAAAAGGCUUGCAAUCUUCGAUGUAUUAAAGACAUUUAAGUAAAAAAUAUAUACCAUCUUCAAUUUCUUUUUUUUUUCAGUUUUACAUCUUUCAAUAAAAUUUAAAAUAUAAAAAAUGGGGAAUGUGUCACAGAGACAACAACCCGACCAAAGUGCAAAAACAACCGAAGUCCACCAAUGGGUCUUCAACAAAACGAGUAAAUCCCGCACUUGUAUCAAUUAUCAAUUUUAUUUGUCUAUCAUUGCAGAUUUGUUAUGUAUAUCAACUGAUUAUAAAAGUGCUUAAAAUCUGGUUAAUCUUCUAAAACAUGCCUAACUACUUAAUAGUCAACGCUGAUGAUUUUGGUUAUGGAAUUGAAAGGAAUGAUGGCAUCAUAAAUUGUUUCAAAGCAGGAGCUAUAUCAAGUACUACAAUGCUUGUGAAUGGCGUUUCUGCCGAGGACGCUGCUAAGAAGGCAAAAUUGGCAGGCCUUCCCACAGGACUCCAUCUUAAUAUAUCAGAGGGAAAACCACUUGGUCCAAGUGCAAAGACCCUGACUGAUUCUGAUGGUAACUUUUUCGAACUUUUCAAAAUACGAGAACGUGCUGCUGAAGGACGAUUCAACCUGAACGAGGUUAGAGAUGAACUACAAAAACAGAUUGACAGAUGUGAAGAAUUGAUGGGAUGUAAACCACAACAUGUUGAUGGUCAUCAGCAUGUGCAUGUGCUUCCAGGUAUAUGUGACAUAUUUGCACAUGUUCUUUCACAGAAUGGAAUCAGAAGUACAAGAUGUCCUUAUGAAGAUCUUAAUCCUGACACUAAGUAUGCUUGGUUCGAAGGAGAUACCAAGAACAUGGCGACUUUAAUGGCUGAAGUUGUGCAGCAGUCUCAACAGGCAAAACCUAUUUUCCUCAGAAACGGAUUAUGGUUAGCGUCAAAAUUUUGUGGACUUCAAACCAUGGGACUUGACAUGACAAAUGAGUCAUUGAAAAAUACACUGAAACAAAUAUUUCGAAGUGAUAACAAAGAUGAUAUUGUUUCCUGUGAAUUAAUGGUGCAUCCUGGUUACAGAACAAAGGAAGAAGGAGGAUGUGGAACUGGGCCGGACGAAUUCUCGCAAUCAGAUCAACGAGAGUUAGAAAUGGAUAUUUUGUGCGAUAGUGAUAUGCUCGAUUUUUAUAGGCAAAUGGAAAUAGAGUUAGUUUCUUUUCCAAAAUGUGUUCAACUUGCCAAUUUUUAAAAACAUUCACAGAUUUCAAUCUAGUUCAGCUAGUUCUGAUACCAUUACUCGAUUGCAAAAAAAAUAUUAAAAGAAGCCCUCAGAAAUGUGUACAAAGUCAAAGACAAUAGCAAAUAACUUGAUUACUACAUGCAAAACACUAAGCAGUUUUAAAUAAAUUAAAAUCUUCAUGCAUAUGUAUUACGUGUCUAUUAAAUAAGCAUUUCUAGCAGCUUUGGGGAACAAUCGGUUUUUAUAUUUGACUAUUUGCAGAUAGCUAGGUGUGUUUAAGGAAUAAUUUUACUUUUAUUGAUAUUAAAUAUUUGCCUGCAAUUCCAUAGCAGGAGUAUCAGCAGAUUUGUAUAUUUAAAACACUGGUCAACUUGUAAAAGUAAAGUAUAACUGGCGGGUUGCAUUCUUCCAUGUUUGUUUUUUGUUGUCAGUUUUGACUUUUGGUUUUCUUUUGAAUUGUUCUGCAUUUUGUCAUUAUUUGGACCUUUUAUAGCUUAGUAUACGAUAUGGGUUUUGUUAAAAGUUUAAAAAGGUCACAUGGUGACCUAUACGUCGUUUACAUCCUCUA